CAUGCUUGCUGCGGGCCUCGGCGAAGGCCUCGACAUCUCAGGACAGGACACCAAGGCGGCCUCCCCCGAAACGUGCGAACGCCGAUCCCUUCCGGCGAAGACCUCCUCGUACCUACCUUACACUUGUAUGCAGUGUUUACAAUCCACCCGGCAUGCCAAGACGCUGGUAACCUUGACAACUCCAGAAACAAAAUCGUCACCAACGAAAGAGGCUUCAGAUCGGUCAAAUGGGCGUUCGGAAAGUUAGUGUAUAUCUGUCUGUACUAUGGGAGUUCAUGCGUGCUAUAUCGAGGACGGGUUCCAAGAAGGCCUCGGUCUGAUGAGUGUGGUACGAGAGUCCCUGCGUUGUUGCGUGUGACAUCUCUCAAAUCGGCAACAACCAAUUUGACGUGGGAAACGCUUUUCUGCGGCUCUUGUUUUCGUGUUGUGACGGAUGCUUCAGCAGCGCCAGAAAAGCCAGAAAACCCGCGGGGCAACGAACCGGAGUCCCGUCUGGCACAGGAGAUCCAAGGUCUUGGCUUCGGGAUGUGAAUCAGUCUUUACCGGAAAUGGAAGGAACAAGCGACAUGCUUGGGGGUCCUACGGAGGCAACAAAUCAACAGCGAACAAUCUGCACGAGCGUACCCUAACC